UUCUGUUUCACCAUUUUCGCUUUCGUUGUAACUAACAAGGGUGCUGGAGAGGUUGUUUCUGAGAGAGGUUAUAAGGAGUAUAAGUUGGGGGAUUAUUCUAAUUGGUUGCAAAAGAGGGUUAAUAAUACCAAGAACUGGAACAAUAUUAAGAGUUUCUUGAUUGAUAGCAAGGUUUGCAAGAGUCUCACUGAUCAGAACGUGAACGAGAACGUACACCAGUUCUAUAGCAAUAACUUGUCUCCAAUUCAGUCUGGUUGCUGUAAGCCUCCAACUUCAUGUAACUUCACCUAUGUGACUCCAAUCGAAUGGACCAACCCAAACAACACAACCUCCUUCACUGAUUCUGACUGCACAGCUUGGAACAACAAUGAAAAUGAUCUCUGCUACAACUGCCAGUCUUGUAAGGGUGGAGCGCUUCAAAAUAUAAAGAGUCAGUGGAAGAAGGUUGCCAUUGUCAACAUCAUCUUCCUCAUCUUCCUUGUCAUUGUCUACAUCAUUGGUUGUUGUGCUUUCAGGAACAACAGGAUGGAUAAUUCUUAUCCCAGAUAUAAGGAUUACACAUAGAAUCUUAAUCUGAUC